AUGGAUCUGCACCAAGGUCAUUAUUUUCCCUUGGAGAUCUGGGUCAGGAUUCUCGAACUAGCCGCGCCCGAUUUUUGCGAACUGCCUCGUGGCCAUGAGCGUCGCACCUACUUGAGGCUCCGACUCGUCAAUCGGACUUUUAAUCACCAAAUCCUCAAAACCCUCUUCCGCAGCACCAAUGACACCGCGUCCCUGCUUCCAGAGCCAACAACGGAGAAAGCUGUCUCGUUGAUGCUACUACUCAAGACUAAGACAGAUAGCUCAGAUCGAGAUUCAACGCCUCUCUAUCUCCAAGAGUGGGCUCGCUUUAUGAGUGCCCAGAAAGCUUGGCAGUGUGAUGUCCCAGAGAGUUAUUACUCGUGGCUUGAGACAGCAUGCUUUGCUACAGUGCAUGAGCGUGGACCGAUGUGGUCGCUCUUGUACCUGGUGCAAGCCAAGAAUCAAGCCAGCUAUCUUGAUUUCGAUGUCAAUCUCCCGAAUAAACUUCUAGAGUCUUGUGAUCCUGCGACGACCGGAGACUCCAUUCCUCUAAAAGAAGCACACGGCGCUCUUCAGUUAGCCUGCCAACAUGGGAAUCUCGCGGCGGUCAAGAUAUUACUGGGCAGCGGAGUCGAUCAAUCUGCUCGCCACUCUCUCUUUGGCGUCGCUUUAUUUAACGCAGUCCGAAACGGGCAUGCGGCGAUUGUCCAAUGUCUCCUAGAUCGCGAUCGCAAUAUUCCGCUUCCACACCGCUACUCGUCGCUGCUGAGACUUGCACUGGACCUAGGUCACUCCGAAGUCUUUGAAGUACUCCUGAAGAGCUCCCGUGGCGAAGAAAAACAGUUCAUACAUUACUGCUUUUCCAAUGCAUGCCACCAGGGACAAGUCGACAUCGUCCGCACGCUUUACCGAUGGUGUGACGGGGAAAACCUUCGGCUGAGAAGAAACCUUCUAAGCUGGUUCGGUCGCUUGAUGCCCUGGUGGAAGGAUGAGACCUUUUUCCUAAACCCUAACAUACGCUUGCAACAUGAUCAAACACCUGUGUCGGAAGCUGUUAGGUCGGGAAACGUUGAAAUGGUGCGUAUUCUCAUUGAGCGGCCGGAAUUUCAGCCCUGCCACGUGUCCGACUACUGCUGUCCAUUACAUGUUGCGGCGGCUUGUGACAAUGGAGAAAUGGUCACCCUUGUCCUAAAUCGUUACAAAAGAGACAGAAAGGACACCUUGGACAGAAUCUGGCUAACGUUCAAAGACGCCUGCGCGAGUGGACGCAACUCAGCAGUGAAGGCCUUCCUCGAGUGGCCAACCGUUGAUCCCAACCUGAGAGCGCAUAACAGGAGCUGGUCCCCGAUCGCGGACGCCAUUAGGCUCUCUCAUCGCCCUGGCAAUUAUGUAGAGGUCAUCAAACUACUCGUCGGACACGAGAAGCUAGACCCCAACUUCUCAAACAUCGGACGGCGACCAUUGGAACUUGCCAUCGAUGCCAAGAGCCACCCCAUGGCGGAGCUCCUCCUUUCCCGGCCUGAUCUGGACCCGAACCUUCAUGGAGGUUCAUUAACACCCUUAUCCGAAGCUAUUCGAAAGAAGAUGCAUGAUACCGUGCGUAUUAUGCUUGAGCGACCGGACACAGACCCGAAUCUACGCAGCGAGAACAAUCCAGACGGCACGCCACUCAUCACGGCAAUUCAUUGGGGAACACCGCAGAUCGUUGAGGAGCUGUUGAAGCGGGAGGAUUUGGACCCAAACCUCCCCUCGACAGUUUCAAAGCCCGCCAAAACCCCAUUGACCUCUGCGGCCGGGUUGGGUGGUGAUGAGCGGGUAGUAAAACUAUUGUUAAGCAGGGACGGGAUUGACGUCAACUUAUCAACAAACGAGCAUACGCCUUUAACACAAGCGAUCAUGAGUCGCAAGCUCAAGAUCGUCGAGAUGCUAAUGGGCCAUCAUGACACAGAUCCGAACCGUGCUCCAGAUAUGAGCGCAACCAUGCGUGUUUAUUCAAGGGUGGCGGGGAAGCCUAGGUACACUUUUAUCAAGUCAUCUACCACCGAUCGGAUAGACGAUGCCAAGAACAUACCAUUAUGUUUAGCUAUGGAGUUACAGGAAUACGAAGCAGCCUCGAUACUUCUGAGACACCCUGAAAUCGAUAUCCAUAUGACAGACGGAACAAAUAGGACACCCCUUUGGUGGGCCACGUUUGGAGGGUCACCAGCGCUCGUGCGACUCCUUUUAGAGAAUGAAGCCGACAAGCAGAUCAACAUUCAGGACGUGCAUGGCUGGGCUCCCCUACAUGUAGCCGUGAACUCUGGGAAUAUGCAGCUGGUGGGUGAUAUCCUAGAACGUCCGGAUGCUGAUCCGAAUCUGGCCAAUGAGGAUGGGUACACCGCGCUACAUCUCGGUGUCAUUUGUAACAAUGUUGAUAUUGUCGCACAACUGCUGAAGUCCCCGAAAGUCAAUAGUCGUUUGGUCACACACGCUGGUGAAACAGCACUUCAGCUCGCAGAGGUAUCGGGCUAUCAAAGACUGGUUGGGAUGUUAGAAACUGAGGGCAGGCCUGAUUUUUAG